AUGGCUCAUCGUGUAGCAGUGAUCGGCGCUGGUCCCUCAGGUCUGAGCAGUAUCAAAAUCUGUCUGGAAGAGGGACUGCAGCCCACAUUCUUUGAGAGCAGCCAUGACAUCGGCGGGCUCUGGAGAUAUAAGGAGGAGCCUGAGCCUGGUCGGGCCAACGUCUACCAGUCUGUGAUCAUAAACAGCUCCAAAGAGAUGAUGGCGUUCAGUGACUUCCCUCCUUCAGCUGAACUGCCCAAUAACAUGCACCAUUCUGAUGUCCUGGGGUACCUCCGCCUUUAUGCCAAUCACUUCAACCUCCUGCCGCACAUUCAGCUCAAGACUACGGUGCAACAGGUGACACAGACUCCAGAUUUUGCAUUGACAGGCCAAUGGGAAGUGGAUGACUUUCUAGGCAUUGAGAAUUUUGAAGGCAGAUGUUUCCACAGCUGGGAAUACCACAAUGCAGAUGGUAUGCAGGGGAAACGAGUGGUGGUGAUUGGGAUUGGGAGUUCUGGGGGGGGAACAUUGCUGUGGAUAUCAGUAGAGUUGCGGAAAAGGUGUAUCUCAGUACCAGGAGUGGUGCGUGGGUGA